AUGGCUUCCGCAAAUAGCCUGACCGUUGCGACCGAGUCCCUACGCAAGACAGAAAUGAGCUAUACCUAUAUCAAAGACGACCAGAGCCUUCCCGCUGCUUUUCACGAGGCGGCGCAAGCAUCGGGUCUGGCUCUCCAGGCUCUUGAAUUGCUAAGAGACCUAUCCGACGAACCGAACAACGACAGUACAACGUCAGGUUUAGAUACAACAAUUUCGCAUUGUCGCCAGAAUUCUUGCACCCUCCUAGAGACAAUCAGCAUGCUGGCUAUACGACAAGGAACCUCUCGACUUGAAGACUACAAGAGACUGGUUCAGGUACAGGGCAAAGAGCCGGUAGAGAUCGUGGCUCUCAAAUUACUGGCCAACGCCCUCACAGCGAUCACAACCCUGCCCAGUAACUCGGAAUCACGAACAUUGGUGCAGGGAUUGGAGACUACCAUCGAUCGGUUGAAGAAGGUGGAAUUGUCGGUUCAUCCCCACGAAUCAUUCCAGAAUCUGAGGCUUGGUAGUGGCAAUCAAUUUAACAACUGGUACGGUUCUCAAAACAAUCACACAGGAUCUGGUCAACAGUACAAUGCGAACAACGACAUCGUCUUUAAUAAUAGAUGA